AUGUAUUCCUCAGAGCAAGGACUUAGCAAACACGCCUUGCAGCAUCAUCCCCCGCCAGAACCAGAACCGCCGGCUGAGCUGCGCCCGGCCUCACCCCCGGGCGAAAGCUACGGAGGGAUCUCAAGUGAAUCUGAAAUCUCGAAGGAAACGAGUUACCCUUCUGUCACUCCAACCGACCACGGGAAUUCAUGGUCUGCUACUCAGAGCUAUGCAGGAACCACCACGGAAGACAGCUCAGUCUUCUCCUGGGGCUAUGAUGAAUUUGAUAAAGCUGCCACACGACAAGUUCAGCAACUGUUCAGACAAAUUGAUGAGCUGCUUUACGAGCAAAAAGAAACUGAACUUGUUGAGGGACUGCAGGAGGAGUGCCAAGAGUGGACAUCCAGCUUUCCUUAUCUCAGGGUUGUGGGGAAGCAGAUAGUAAGUCCCACAGAUGAAGGGUAUGGAUGGUAUUCAAGUUCACCCUCUGUCAGUUUAGUUUCGUCAGAUCUGAGUUUGCCACAAGAAGAUGAUUCCAAUGAAUUUAGUGUUUUGGGCAAGAAGGUGCCUCUUUCCGUUACUCCUGCUCACAAAAGGGCUGGCCAUUCCAAGUCUCCAACCUCGUGCUCUCCGGACAGUGAAGAAGGUGAAGAUGGAAUAAUUAUCUCCGAAGGUGUAAUGGAAGAAUAUCUAGCCUUUGACUGCAGAGAUGUGGAGGAUGAGUUGCAUGAGAGAAAAAUGAGACUUUCCUCUACUAGACAGAAAUUGGGGUUUCCUCCUAUUUCUCCAUAUUCCUGCAUGAAAGAUUCUGUGCUCACAUUUGUGUUUGAUGAUGUUUGGAGCGAAGUCUUAGGCUGCAUGGAGGAAUUAAUCUGCCGACACUGGGAAGGAUCAGCCUCUGAUGAUGAGAAAAAUAUCAUAGCACUAGAAACAACCCCCAGGGCAGAUUCUGGAAGCUCUUUGGUCCACUUUGAACCUCUGCCAACAUCCUUACCUCGCAUGCCACAAACUAAAACACCCUCAGUGGCCCCAAAUCCGUGCCCCAAAACCAGAUGUGGCCGCAAAACCAAAAAGAGAAGAAAACCACCUCAAGUAAAUCUGUCACAAGGAUCCAGUAGUGGYUCUCAACGUAAUCUAAAUGGCUUGCUGGUGAUCCAGGGGAUCCAGUUACAGCAAAGGAAUCUCUCUAUCAUGGAGAAAACACUGGACCUGGAUGACAAGCGGCCAGGCUCCAGCUCUUUCCUCUCAACCACAACUUGGCCAAAUCGUCCUCUAGAGCUCAGCACGUCAUCGCUGUCACAUUCGGCAAGGCGGCGAAACCCGCCGCCACGUACCCUGCAUCCCCUCAACACAAGCCACUCUCGGACUGGGACGCCGGGAUCUGUGGACAAGGUCAUCAGAGGAACGCGGCUUCCGGCUGCGUAUGAUCAGCUGACCUCACCUUCCCCACUGCUGCUGGGCCGAAACAACCUCCUGCCACCUAUUAGUGCCACCAACGUGACGGAGCUCGUGAGCGCGGCAGGACMCCAGAGGCAAACGAAGUCCCAAGGGAACUCAACUCGAGCUUUCAGUGCAGCUACACAUGAAGAUAAACAUCUGCAGCUACAGGAGAGGCUUUUCUUACCUGAUCACUUCUCCAGGCCUAACACCACCAACACUUCCUUGCCAGAUGCCCAGCACCGCCGCUCUUGCACCGUUAUAGGUUACAGUAAYCACCCUUGGACAAGCAGAGGAGCGACAGGUGCAGGUSUUCAGCAGCAUGGCUCUGUGAGAACCCCAAGUCGAAGCGGAUCGGUCACAAAAAGCAAGCAAGGGUUGUAACACGCCAUAAAGAAGCAUCCAGACAUCUCCAGAAAGCCACAAACCACCUCCUAUUCUCAACAGCGUCAGCGUUGUUUACAGUUUUCAAACACCCUUCCUUACUUAGAGUCUUAUUUUUAUAUAGAUCUAAGAAGCAGCUGCCAAAGAUCAGAAGGGGUAUAUUUACACAUUCCAUUUUCUACCCCCAGAAAAAGUUAGACUCCAGUGGACAGUGAAGCCUAAUUCCUAGGAAAUCUAGCGACUAUGUAUGUAUCACUGCUCUUUCCCAUUAAUCACUAUUGGUUUGUGACUGGUUGAUAUUAUUACAGGCACAUACUGYAGGAACUGCUAAUUUUUGCCUUAGCUCUAAGAAAACUAGUCAGGCUUCCAUGGCAAUAGUAAUUUAAAUUUUGAAAGCUAUAUAUAUAUUUAAAGCAAUAUUAUGCAAUCAGAAGCAAGAAAUGCAUAGGAUAUUUACUGUUCCACUCAACUUGAACAAACUAUGAAUCCUGCAGUUGUGUCAAAUAAGGUAGCAACACAAUAUAAUAGAAUUGACAGCUUUUAAGGUAGCACAGUAACGGUCCUUCCUGUGUUACAUAGCACUACCUCUUCCUCAGGGACUCGAGAAGGAUGUUUAAGAGAGAGGAAUAGUCUCUUACUGUAGGCAGUUCCAGGCAGUAUUCACAGAAAGUAGCUUUUUGUCCUGAUGAGCUGUUUUAUAAUUUCCAURGGUCAUUCAGUCACCCUUUAAAAAAGGCCACCCUGCAGUUACCUAAGUAUUUUUGUAUUUGUCCAUCAAAAUCUCUGCACUCUACUGAGGCAUUUUUUAGUCGGUGUGUUUUGCACCACAUGGCAGGCAUCCUGCAGAGUGUUAGCUUUAGCUGUAGUUGCUCUUGUGACCCAAGAUAAAAGCAAAGACGCAAAACACCAGCUUUUCACAAUAAACCAUUAAGUUGAAGGCCUGAUUAGUGGAAGGCCUUACGCGUAAGCAGUAAGUGCCAGACUGUAAAUAAAGUGUAAAGAUAAGAUAAACAGUGCAUUUUUAACAAAGUUAGGAUACUGCACAAAAACACUUGUUCCUUUGCCAGAGAAGCUUGAUUAACAAUAAGAAAAAAAAAAAAAGUUGGUAUUCUUUAUAAAGUUGCUCUCCUAUUUCCCUGCCAUAAGCAAGGCAAUCUACCAGAUGUUAAUGUUCCUUAUAGGAGAGCUGAUACUUACCCAGUCUGGUCAGUUCAAAUAUGCUCUGAUCAAAGGAAAGCAAAAUGAACCUAUGGAACUGGUUAACUCAUAAAUAACCCUGUCCCAUAUCCCCCAAAGAGAAAAAAGUCUCUAUAGAGAUUAUAGCACAAGUUGGCAUAAAGAUAAAUGGAUGCUGAGAGGCUUCUGUUCACCAGCAUUUCUCUAAAGGGAAAAACAACUAGAACCACAUGCAGCAUCAUUUAGCUAUCUCAGGGUAACUGGAGAAAAACAUCCUGUUUUUCUCAUCAGUGCCAUAAGCCAGCUGAUAACUCGGCAAACCUGUCACUUGACAAAUACAUAACACAACAAAGUGAAGCCAUAAUGUCAUUUUAGUCGAUACAAAGGCUCCUUUCUUCAUGAGAAUUAAAAUACUCCCUGUUAACACUUGAUCAGAAAGGUCUGGAUUGUGACCCUAUGAUGACAGCCCAUGCUCAGGGACCAAACUAAUUUUCCGUAGCCCUAGUAGAAUUUAAAAAUACACAAAUGGCAAUAAACUUCUAGUAACAUAAUUCAACAUUUUAGAAUCUAGGGGAGUCAGUGAAUUAAAGAUGUUAAAGGCAAUCUCAUCACAGAAAAUUCUUGCUUUUUGUACAAAUAGCUGAUACCAGAGCGUUCCCCUAUAGUAUGAGAAAUGUGUUUUGCAAAGCAAAGUAAAAGUUCAAAUUUCU